AUGGCCAAUACUCCAUCCAUUCAAGCUGAAUGCGAGGAAUAUUGGGCUCAAAUUGAUGAAUGUGUCGAGAGAAUCAAUCGCACAUUGCACAACGUUGAAGAUCGAGGAGAUUUGCAAAGUUUACUGGACACCAUUUUUGUCAAUUUUUGCCUAGAAGAAAUCGAAGACGCCAAAGACAUAUGUCGGAUCAUGGAACAACAUGAUCAUGAGAGUCCGAUGCAACUCGUGCGUGACGCCGAAGAACGGUUGAAUAAUUUGAUGAACCGAUAUGCUGGCCAGAAUUAA